AUGUCGAAUCGUCAGAUUGCGCAAUUGAUGGACAUGGGCAUCAACAGGGCUGUGGCAGUGGCGGCCCUGGCAGCCUCUCGGGAUGUCGAAGAUGCAGCCGAAGCUGUUUUCUCGGGCAAAUUCGACCACAUUGAAGCGGAUGCGGAAGCCGAGGAUGCUAGCGUUGUGGAAGAGGCAGAUUCGUGCUCUCUCGUUGGUGGAGAUGAGCAGGCCAGUUCCCAUGAAGAUGAGGGAUGUGGACUCUCUACCUUUUCAGAUGAUGACCUCGGAGGCGCAGGCGAGACCUCCAAUGACAACGACCCCUAUAGAAGGAUAGCAUUCUCAAAAGGGCACAAAGAAGUGGUGAUUGAAGUGGAAGAGGUGGGCGCAUUGGUUCAGACUUCGACUGGGCCCGCAAGGCAAUUGACCCAAACAGAGUGGAUGAAGGGCGUAGCAGUGGGGUCAGAACAAGCCCAUCUGUUCGGUCUGUACCAAGAUCUGCAACAGACUGUCUCUUGUCACAGAUGCGGACUGGUUCCCGAGCUCGAAUCCGACUUCAACAUGCUCCUUAUUUUUCCAUCUCUUAAGGAGUUCGUAGCCCAUGUUACUGAGCACAGCGUCCUGCGCUGUAGGGUCUGCCAAGAGCAGACAUGUGUAGCUUGUCGACAAAGCUACAUAGAGCAAAUGGCUCUGCCGCAAGCCGAAUGUCCACGUACGAAGAGUCCAGGCAAAGAUGUUUCAAGUUCCAGCGAGCCACCGCUGCCUGCGCACCUAGUCCACUGCUCGCAACUUCAGGCCAUUUGUCUGGCUGUCGGGCUGGCUCAUAUCGAGGAUCUGCUCAAGUGCGAAGAUGUGAAGAAUCACGCGAGCUCUUUGAAGCGUCACAGAGCUGCUAAUGCGGCAGAGGGCAUGUCCGCGGCGAAGAAAGCCAACAAUGCGUCAGCUUCCACCGAGUCAAAGUCAAACGGCCGCAAGAAAGCGUCAAACCUAGCCUCUCAAACUCCAGCAAACUUGUCAAUGUCAUCUUACUCUCUUCUCGAUGACCACAGCUUUUACACGUCUUUGGGCAAAUCGCGAUCUGACCGCCAGAACGGUACUGGCUUCGCAGGGAGCAGCUCCAACGAGCACUUUUGGACCCAAGCAUCCAAUAGCAAACAGCAAGCACUAGAUGAGCGCAUCCGGGAAGCUCUCUUCCAAGUUAGGCCAUUCCUGCCGGAUGUCCAUCGCAAACCCUUAGCGGUUCAAUCCGACUUCAUGCCUCACAUCACGAGCAUCGCCGCGGUGCGUCGUCGGUUCUUGCCCAUAGCUUCUGCUUUGCUCCGCACAGAAAGCCUGAACGACAUGACCAGACGGGCAGCGCUCUUUCAGGAACUUUUGAAUUUCUUCCAGACUCUGUCGUACCAUGAGGCGCUCUCGGCACUGUUGGCUCAGCCCAUCAUGACCCCACGUUCUGUGCGCGAUGUCGUGCGGACGGACGGAAGGACCGAGAAGGAAGUCACGUACGAGGGUGACAAAGGACCUCGAGAGCUGGCGCAAAACGUCGUCAAUCAGUGCCUAGUCUUUCGCAACAGCGUUAAGCGCAUGCAAGCACAAGCGACCAAGGAAGAAGCGGAGAAAGCGCUGGUGAGGGUUGCAUCUGAGGCCAAGGUCGUGGACAAGGAAGCGAAGGUCGCGGCAUACGCCAAACUUGACGCCGAGGGGCAGAGGACGAUGGAGCUUGUGGAAUCAUUCAUAUCACAAGUGGAUCGCAUCGACGCAGGCCUGCGUCACUCCAAGGGCGAGGCUUUCCUGAAUGCAUUGCUAGCGCAGGUCGGAGGAGCACCGUCGAAAUUCCCCGAUGAUACGAUUUCUGCACAGUCCAAAGGAGAACGGCAGGCGGCAUACGCGGCGUGGUGCGCCAGCGAGACUUGGCAAGAAGUUGACAUGCUUGAGACCGGCAAAGUGAAUGCGUGGCAGCACGCCUUCAGCGAUAUUAUCGCUACCACGUCGGUUGCUAGCAAUGCAAGAAGGGGCUUGGCGAUUGCUAGAGAGCUCUCAAGCUUAAGGAUUGCUUUGCCAGACACAAUCUUCGUGCGCGUCGACGAGUCACGUCUGGACGUUCUGAAGGCUAUGAUCAUCGGACCCGAAGGCACGCCCUACUCGUACGGGGCCUACUGCUUCGACAUAUUUCUGCCUGACAGAUUCAAUCAGGAGCCCCCCAAGGUCAAAAUUGUAUCGACCUCGGGCGGCAGAGUGCGUCACAACCCCAACCUGUACGCCGAAGGCAAGGUCUGUCUGAGCCUGCUCGGAACAUGGACAGGUCCAGGCUGGAUUUCGGGCACAUCUACAAUCCUGCAGGUCUUGAUCAGCAUCCAGUCUUUGAUUCUCGGAGAGUCCGAGCCGUGCACAAAUGAGCCUGGCUGGGAAAGCUUUUUGGGCAAGCCCAAGAGUAAAGAGUAUUCAUUGAACACUCGCCGGCAAGCGGUCAAGGUGGCUAUGAUCGAAGCCCUGACUUCUCCGCCAGCUUUCUGGGAAAACACCAUUAGGGGCCACUUCAAGAUGGUCAGGCACGAUCUCUUGGGACAAUUGGCGUCAUGGCUCAAAGAAGAUGAUGGCCGUCCCAUGGCGCGAGAUAGCGCAAGUGGAAUGCAUAGCCUACCGAGCCCCUCGGCCUCCGCAGCUGUCGCCGCCCCACAGAAGAAAAAUAAUGGCAGCAAGACUCCAUUCGAGACAGACGGUGAGCCGAGCAGAUAG